ACACCGAGCAUUGUUUACAUCGAUCAGCUGUCGGCCUGUCACUGUGUGCUGCUGCUUGAUGUGUCGCCUACGAUAGUGAGUUAAAGUACAAAUAAUCAAGAAACAAUGACCAAAGAAAUUGUGAAGUUUAAUAUCAAGUUUAGAUAGCAGAAUAAAGGACACAUGAACAAUGGGGGACUUAGAACAGUUUGAGGACAUGCUGCUGCGAAGUGCUCGUAAUGGUGAUAUAAAAACUGUUGAAGAAAUCUUGAAGGCUCAUCUGGAUGGGAAGGUCAACCUGGACAUUAGUUGUAAAGGGAAGACAAAAAGUAACCAAGGAUGGACCCCAUUACAUUUGGCUAGUUACUUUGGUCACUAUGAUGUGGCUGAAGCUCUCCUCCAGCAUGGCGCAGCCAUUGAUGAACUAAAUGAUGCAGGAGACACACCCCUUCAUAAGGCUGCAUUGACCAACAGAGAGGAUGUGGUACUGUUACUGUUGGAACACGGAGCCAGCGUAACCACCAUCAACGGUGAAGGAUUACGCCCUUCAGAUCUUCCACGGGAUCUCCAGGUAACAAAGCUGAUAGUUGCUGCAGAGAAGACUGAACAAAGAAGAAAAGAAGAGAGAAUCUUGCAUUAUGCAAGAGAGGGAAAAGCAGAGGAAGUGACAAAGUUGUUACGAGAAGCAGGAGCUCCCAAUGUGAACUGUGUGGACUCUCAGGGCAACACCAGUUUACAUUGCACUGCCUACCGGGGCCAUAUUGAUGUUGCUGUUGUAUUGUUACAAAAUGGCUGUGAUCCCUCUAUCAGAAACUUAAAUGGCCAAACUGCAUAUGAUAUGGCUCAGACACAGCAGAUGCAGCAGGUUCUUAAGGUACAGCCAGUACGGAGUUUCCAUCACAGUGUUUCCAGGUUUGAAGGACCACUUCUGCGGCAGAUGCGUAUUUUAGGUUGGAGAAUGGUUUGGGGUGUUUUGGAACGUGGGGUUUUGACUUUUUUCAAUAGUCGAGCAGAUGCCAGUUCAGGUGUAAGAAGAAGGGACUACAAGUACUUAGAUAAUAGCAAGGUCAUACCCAUGGUGGGAGGUGACGGAGCCAUGUUCGUCAUCCAGUAUAACGAUGGAACUUGUCACCGUUUGGCAGCCACUCCUGACCCUUUACACCCAGCAUCCAUUAACAGACAGAAAUGGGUAGCCGUACUGAAUAACCACAUCAGGUUUUCAACGCAUUAUGUUCAGCAUGGUCUCUGUGUUGAUGACGAGGAUGAUGACAUUGUUGACAGAACGGUCAAACCCCUUGGCUGUAUGUCUGAUGCUCUGCAAACAGCCACAGCCCACCAGCAGCUGAUGGAGCAACAGGUAGAGGAAGUGAUGGCCACUUUGGCUUCCCUCGAUCUUGACCAUUCACAGCAGGGUGGUGUACAUGAUGUUAUUAAGAGAUUCUCAGUACUAGCAGGAACAGCCUGCAACAUGAGCACCAGUCUCACACACUGCCUGUCCCUUAUGAAGCAGCAGGAGGAGGUUAGAGAUCUUCAGCUGAAAGAGGAACGUGAGAAGGUUCGCGUGUUGGAAGAGUCUCUGAGAGUGCUGGCCACAGAGCAUCAUGAACUGGAAGAGUCUAUUGCCUCACAUGUAUCUUCAAGUGGCUCGUCUAUCUACAACACCCCGGCAAACUCUUACGUGUCGCUGCCCAGGCCUCGGAGAUUCUUUGAUGCGGUCAGCGAUGACGAGUUCUUUGAUGCAUUUUCCCAAGAUGACAAUGGAAGUGGAAGGACGCUGGUUAAUCUUCCGUCACCGUGUGGAAGUGAGUGUUCCACUAACACACUCGUAUCCUGUAUGUCUUCCCUCCCCACCGAUCCUCAGUCUCCACAGUCACCAUCUCAUGUACUUUCCAAUGCUCCGUGUGCCCCUACAAGUACCCCAGUAUGUGGUGUGGGCUUUGUUAGUGGGCAUGUUGAGGGAACAACCUAUACUGUGUCACCACAUGUACUUAAUUCUGGUUGGGAAGUUCUAGAAGAUGGAGAUACAUAUAAAAUUGUGCAAAGUGGAAUACUCACUGAUUCCACAACAUCAGUGACUGGGGCACAGACUAGUUCCCUUGGGCAGACUGUAUCAGGCACACUCACGGGACUAGUGAAUACUGUAUCCGGGAUGCUUACAGGAACUGCUCACACAACAAUAUCAUCAGGAAUAAUGAACACGUCUUCACCAGAAGGUGUCAAUCGAGAGAUGAAUGCCCAGCUUUCCAUCUCCAGUCAGUCAAGAGGUUCUCAUAUAUCCUCAUCCAUGGCCGUGGAAACCCCUCUUGUCAAGACAUCAGAUUUAAGUGAUCACAGUGAUGGCAGUGAUGAGACAGUUACUAGUGACUCCCAUCGCUGCUCUGAAUUAGAAGAAAAAUCGUCGUUCAGCUUGGUAUCGUUGGGAGGGACCCGUUACUGUAGCCCCUACGUUGGUCCUCAGAGACUUUGGCACUCAUGGGGAAGGACGAGCCUUCCCGCGGAGCAGUUCCAAAGCAACGACUUCUCGCUUUGGUCUGUACUGAAGCAGUGCAUCGGCAAAGAGCUGUCCAAGAUCACCAUGCCAGUGGUGUUCAACGAGCCGCUCUCCUUCCUGCAACGCAUGGCCGAGUACAUGGAGUAUGCUUGGCUCUUGGAGAAGGCUGACCAGGCGCAGGACCCCAUUGUUAGGAUGCAGUACGUGACGGCCUUUGCUGUGAGCGGCCUGGCGUCCAACUGGGAGCGUGUGGGGAAGCCCUUCAACCCCCUCUUGGGCGAGACUUACGAGCUGCAGCGAGACAAUUACAGGAUAGUGUGCGAGCAGGUCUCCCACCACCCGCCCGUCUCCGCAUUCUACGCCGACUCCGAGCACUGGAACUUCCACGGUUCUAUCCAUCCCAAGCUUAAGUUCUGGGGCAAGAGCGUUGAGAUACAGCCCAAAGGCAUACUCACGGUGGAGCUGCCCAACCACGGUGAAGCCUACACGUGGAGUAACGUCAACUGCUGCGUCCACAACAUCAUCGUAGGCAAGCUGUGGAUCGAGCAGUACGGCUCAAUGGAGAUCACUAACCAUGCCACAGGUCACAAAAGUGUCGUCACCUUUAAGACAGCCGGGUGGUUCUCCAAGGACCUCCAUCGUAUUGAAGGCUUCAUCAUAGACAGAAGGAAAAAGAAGUUGUGUUUCCUGUACGGUAAAUGGACGGAUUUCCUGCGCGCUACAGAUAACACCAGCUACGAUGAAUACAUGAAGACUAACGCACACAAGUUCAGACGGAGCGACAAGAAGAAGAGUGAGGAUGGCUCGGCGGGGGCCAGCCCGGCCCACACUCCCAGGAAAGUCUUUAAGAAGCUCAACACCAUCACCUCCUCCUUCAGGAUGAGUAGCGACACCGAGGCAGGGGUGGAGGUGGAGGAUGGGGAGCCCCCUGAAGAGCCAGAAGAGGGCGGCUACCCAAGGACAGACUCUUCCUACAGCAUCGACAUUCCUAACUCCAGCACCUUGUGGGAAGCCGACCCCAGGCCACUUACAUCCCCUCAGUACUACCACUUCACGUUGUUCGCCAUGUCCCUGAACGAGCUGAGCGAGGAGUUGCGCCGAACCUUAGGACCCACCGACUGCAGGUUGCGUCCGGAUAUUCGGCUGUUGGAAAGUGGAGACAUAGACGCAGCAGCUAAUGAGAAAAAUCGACUCGAAGAGAAGCAGAGAGAUGCGAGGAAAAGUAGGAAAAAGGGCAAGGAAGAGUGGAAAGCCAGAUGGUUUGAACAAGGGACCAAUCCAUUCACUCGUCAAGCAGAUUGGCUGUACUCUGGUGGCUACUGGGAUCGUAACUUUGAUGAGACUAUCGACAUCUUCUGAUGAAGCAGCAGCUCAUAUUCAAACACCAUAUCUUGUCAGAGGAGCUUCUUUCGGAUAAUGCCAUUACAGUCAUGACUGAUCAAGCAAUGGCAUCAUAUCCGCUUUUUACACACUCAGUUACUUUUUAUGGUUUGUAUCACAAGGUUUGAUAUUUGCUUGAGAAGUGGAAGUGAUAUAACAAACCUUGAAAACUGGUAAGUAACAAAGUGAUUAGUACUGGUAAGUUACCGGGUAGAUCAUGAAGGCACAAUUAUGCGUACUACCUUUACCUACAAAUGUAAGAAGUUAUAAUUGCUGCAGAUAACAAGACACUUUACACUUUCUGUACAAGGAUGUAUAACAGAAAGGUUAUCAUUAAUUAAAAAUACAUUUUUGAAAUAUUCUGAACCUCAAAAAAAGGAAAGAAAAAUACUCAUUAACAUCAGGUGUGAUUAUUGUAUGUCAGUGUUAGACGUUUAAUAUUUGGAAACUUCCAACUGACUAAUGAAUUGUGCAGAAAUUCCAUUUGGUUGUUUGUACACUGAAGAAAAAUAUAUUGAGCUUGAAGUACUGUAUUAAAGACACUCAUGGCAGAAGCACAGUAAGGUGGUUAGAUUACAUUUUGUAUUGUCAAAUAUCUUCAGAAACAGAAAAUUUUAAGAAAAUACAUUUGAAAGAACAUAAGUUGAAGUGUAUCAUGGAGUCUACUAGAUUUUUAAUCCACAUCUAUGACAUAAAAUUCUAAUGUUUACUCUUAUUGAUUACGAUUACCUUUAUUUUAUAUGUCUCCUCGUAGGUCUACUGUACUGUAGAGUUGGAUGAAACAAUUGUUGAAAUGUUUAUGUUAUUGUUUAUAUUUCAGUUGAUGAAGGACGUGCUCUCAUACUAAAAACAAAUGAAAAAAAGUUACACAGCUUCGAGCUUGAACUUUUAAAGUUCUUAAUAUAAACAAAACCCAAAUUUGCAGAAGACCAUGUUAAUGUUUUAGUUCAAAUCUUGGUCACCACAUAUAGUGUGCAUGUGUGUGUGUAGAAGGAGUAAAUUUAUGGAGAAUUCUCAUUCAUCUACAUUAGAGAUCAAAUUUGUACAUUAGUACAUCUCCCAUAUAGUUGUGUGUUUUACCUGUAGACUUGUCAGCAGAGUAUUUUUACCACAUUCGAUCUGAAUUUUUGAAAGUGUAAAUUAACAGUAAAUGAAUUCCGGUACUCCUCAAACCUAAUGUAGGGAGGUGUUGUAGGGCUGCCCAUCUUUCUGUCAUAGUACAUGUCUGUCUGUCCGUCCGGCUGCCAAUUUAUUUCCCCUGAGACCAUUGGCAGAGAGGAAUUGCAUAGAUAUGUGUGUGUGUGUGUGUGAUACGUUCCGGGCCUGAUACCUUAAAAUAUGAUUACCAUCAUUCCUGUGGUUACGAGUAAUGACUGUUCUGUGGAUACAUUCUCUAUGUGUAUUUACAUAUGUUUAAUUGAUGUGCCCACUUCAUUUGCAGUGUCAGUUCCUUAUUGGGGUCCUGUGGAUGGCUCUAAUGGUCACUUGAAACAAAUUGUGUAGUAAAGCAAUAUUUUGUCGCUGUUUAUCAACUAAUUGUGUUAUUUUCACGUUGGUUCAAAAGUGAAAACUGAAGGAAGUUAAGAUACAUACUUAUGAUGUUAAUUGUCUGAUAAUUAUUUCAUACUGUAAAUCAUUUAUACCUAGAGUAUACAUGUUUUAAGUUAUCUAAUUCAAGAUAUUAAUGAAUGUAUAAUUUCAUUACUUAAAGAAACCUUUUGUUAAUUAUAGUGUACUUUAGUAAUUAUGAAAUGGUGUUAGGUUAUAGUGUUCAUGUUAUCUAAAUGUGUCUAUACUACAGAGUUUCAAUCCUUUUGCAAGACCAAGAAUGAAAACAGUUUACUAUAAAUUUUAAAAAAAUUAUAUUUUUCUCACUAUAGCACUGAAUAUUAUUAGUUGUGGAUGAAGGUGAGACAUAUUCAUUGUGUUAUUAUCAUUUUCUUAAAACUUUCAUCAUUGUUUGGCUUCAUCAGUUCUCAUAACUUGUUAGUGUCAUGUUUUUCUCCUAAAUAUGUUUAUGAAAUUUGUAUGUUUUUUUUAGCUUAAGAUUGGCUUCAAGUGAAAGUGAGUUAAAUUUAACAAAGCAAAAUAUAACUAUUGAACAAAAAAGUAUUGAAAAUUUAUUGUUAAAGAAAAUAUAGAUGGGAAUUACCAUUAAUUUUGAAAUCUUAUCGUGAAAUUUUGUUUAGUAACCAGAGUUAUGCAAGAUACAGUAUUGGGAUAUUCUCCAGUUACUUCCUCUAGAGUGUAGCGUCCAUAAUGUGAACCCUAGUUGCUCUGCUCAAUAGAUAUGUGUCUGUUUCUGCCUGAAUGUACGUAUAUGUUAUAUGUGCUUGUUGUUCACUGUUCACUACUUCCUCACUGGGGUUAUGAUUAUGUUAAGUGAAUGAUGUUAAUGAAGAUAAGCCAAACUAACCUCUUUCUUUGCAGUUCCACUUAAAGGAUUAGCAACAUGGGAUGCAACUGAUACAGGAUAAAACAAGGACACUAAAAUUCAUUAACAAUAUGUGAUGCUACUAAUACAGGUUAAAACAAGGACACUAAUAUUCAUUAAUACAGUAUCAGUUUACUUCUAUUAGCAUUCAGAUUAUGGUUAAACUGACCUAAUAUCUAACAGAUUCAUCUUAAGCUUAAACAACAAGAUAUCUGUGACUAUAACCUGUACAGUACUGUAAUCAUAAUAAACUUUGGUGAUAAUUGUCAUUUGUUGAUACCAUCUCCAUUAUUCUUUCCACAAUAUAAAUGACCAUUGGUAGCAAUUGUUUAACUACUUACAGUACUAUUUGAUAAGCAAAAAGUUAACAUUCACACUGCUGAAAAUAAGUUCACAUGGCAAGUAAUAUUACUGUACUGUACUGUACUUGUUUACAGUGUAACAAGUUUUAAUAAAUGAAUAAUACUACACACACA